AUGCGAGCGUGGGUCUUGGUGUCCACGGUGCUCUGGUACCUCACCAGAGUUGGAUGGCAGCGUUUUUCCGAAUUCACUGAGAAAGGCUUCGUUUAUGGCAACCUGGUGCACACAGGUAAUAAAGACCUCGUCACCUGCACAGUCUAUCCGGAGAGCCGGGGUGCCAUGGACCUGCUCAAGUUCUUCUUCCCGUGGAGGGAAAGGCAGUCACUGCUCGUGGACCGUCUGCUGGUGAAGAUAUAUGUAGAAUUACACCAAAAUAGCCCAUUCCUUGUCUGUAUGGAUAUACAACUUGCUAAAAAAGAAACAGUGGACCCCACCUACUCAUGGGUUGGGCCUGAUGAAAAGCCAUUAACAGGAAAUUAUCGAAUAAAUAUAACUAAAACAGGAAAGCUGAUGGUGAAAAAUUUCCUGGAGUCUUUAUCUGGACUUUAUUCAUGUACUCUUUCUUAUAAGAUUAUCAAAGUACAAACCCAAAAAGAAAAGAUGGUAAAAAAUAGAUAUGACUUUAUGAUGUUUGCCUAUCGGGAACCUGAUUAUUCAUAUCAGAUGGCUGUACAUUUUACCACAAAAUCUUGUAUAGGAAGAUAUAAUGAAAUGCUUUUUACAUUGCUGAAGAAAAUCUUGAAUAAUUUAAUUUCUGAUUUGUCUUGCCAUAUCAAACAACCAUCAUAUAAAUGCCAUUUUGUCAAACUUCCAAAACAUGGCAUCAUACCUGAAUUAUUUAUAGCCUUUCAAGUUCAUGCUUUUGUACCACAGUGGGGAAGUUCAUGCAAUGAAGUUAAUGACUGUGAAAAUAUCACUAAUCAUAAUAUCCUCCAGGCAAAAGAUCGAAUAGCAGAAUUUUUCCGGAGCCAAGCAUUUAUUUUCUACCGUGAAUAUAAUAAAACUCUACCAGCUAUGCAUUUUAUCGACCACAGUUUUCAAAUGGCACGUAUGGAUAGCUGCCGUUCAGGCUUUGGGAAAAAUGAAGGUCUACACAGUAAUUGUGCUUCCUGUUGCGUGGCUUGUAGUCCUGGGACUUUUAGUCCUGAUGCUGAUGUUACUUGUCACACCUGCAUUUCCAUCAUUGCUUACGGAGCUAAAUUUUGCCCAUAAACUUCAAACAAAAAUUGCAAUAUGAAGACUAGAGGUGAAAGCAUUGCUACUUGCUUGUUGAAGUGGGGGACAUAA